AUGGGCACCAACGCCAGCGACCCGAUAUCGCACCUGGGGCUGUCGUGCCCGUCCGGCGGGGCCGUCUACGUCUGCCGGGACAGCGCGGUGCGCUUCGUCGGGUGCUGCGCCGCGGACCCGUGCGCGGACGGGUCCGGGGACUGCCCGGUCGGCGCCGUGCGGCCGGCCAGCUUCGACGCCGCGCGCUACUUCGACAUCCCGGCGCAGGCGUGCGCCGCCGCCGCCGCCGCCGCCCGCAGCGCCUGGUACACCUGCGCCGUCGCCGGCGGCGUCAGCUUCCUCGGCUGCUGCAACUCCGACCCCUGCGCGCAGCGCGCCUGCCCGCUGCCCGACCUCGUCCCCGCCGUCCUGUCCGACGACCGCGAGGCCGCCGCGCCCUUCCUCGCGCCGGCGGCGUCGGCCCGGCCCGUGCCCGAGGACGGCGGCAGCGGUGGUGGUGGCGAUGGUGGCGGCGGCGGCGCGCACGUCAGCAAGAUCAUCGCCGGCGUCGUCGCCGGCGCCGCCGCGCUGCUGCUGGUGUCCUGCUUCGUCUGGCUGUGCUGGCGGUGGCGGCGGCGCCGGCCCGUCCAGAGCAGGGCCCGCGACGACGGCAGCCGCGUCGAGGCGCGGCCGGGCACGCCCUGCGGCCCUAGCAAGGGGCACCUUUCGACCAGCACUGCGGCCACGGGGGCGGCCUGCGCCGAAGUCGGCGGCAAGCACCACCUGCUGCAGCCGCUGCUGCCGGUGUGGCGGGCCCCUGACGCUCCGACGGAGGGCGGCAAGAAGCCGUCGCUAGCGGCGGCAGCGGCGACAGUCCCGGACGGCGUUCUGGAGCUCGAGGGCUCUGGCCCUGGCGCCCGCGGUUAA